AUGGAGCAAAUCAGUUUUGACCAGAAAGUUCUCAACAUCUGCCAAGAAUUGCGAGCUCCGCCUACGGUGUUGACUCCAAAGCAAUUCAUCCAACGCUUCCUCACAAGUAGCAACUCUGAUAUAGCCUACUUGCUGAUUCCUGUCCUUGUUCCUCAGGCCAUCAACAUCACGGCCACUCAGAUCCCACCUACUGGGAACUACCCCGCUGGUCGUUUUCACAGUUCAACAACGGUUAAGCAGGGUUUCCUCACCGCUGAAACACAGGCCAUACAUGAUGGUGUGCUCACCGAGCUAGACAUGCCUUUUGUGUUUGAUCUAAUGAUGGGCAUGCUGAAUGCCCAACCUCCCGAGAAUGCUGAUCAGCAGGAGGAGAGUGGUGUACCUGCUUCUGCUGAAGUUAUCACCAAUGACCUUGCUUCCCCUGAUGUUCUAUCCGGGAUCUCUUACACCCAAGUGGCCCAUGCACAGGAUCGCUUUUAA